AUGUGCCAGGCAACAGGCUCGGAGUUGCAAAAGGAUGGUGCCACGGAAAUCGUUAGGGGAGCUUGCACAGACAGGUCGUGGCGAAGUUCAAGCUGCCCGUUGUUCUGCAUCAAUCCAGAGACCGACAAUGUUGGAGGAGGGAUAGGCGUUGCCAAGUGCCAAGGUACGACGCAAGAGUUGUAUUAUUGCAUCAACUCGGUCCAAGAUCAGGUCAACUGCACCGCCAAACAGAACGUCUUGUUCUUCCAACAAUCUGCAUCCGCAAUCACAACCAUCGGUGUCGAGGCGACAACUUCGAUAGCGUCCACAACAACAACAUCCGAGCUCAGUGCAUCGGCAUCAACAUCUGCAGUAACCUCAGCUGCCACAAUAGACCCGUCGAGACUACCGAGCCAGAACCCCAUAAUCACAAGCAGUGCCGCGCAGAGCCCGACAAAUAGCCCAACAAACCAGCCAGACGCAGAGAGCGACCGCGGCGUAACGAUUGGGGCGGCCGUCGGCGCAUCGAUCGGCGGCUUAGCCCUCGGAGCGUCUGGUGUGUGGCUGUUCUUUUUCUUGCGUCGACGGAGGCGGGCUAGAGAACAGGUCGUUGGAGACAGGGCUCCUUCUUAUGCUCCUUCAUACGCUCCUCAGUACCAAAGCCCUCCACCGCAUCAAGUCUAUGAAGCGCCAGUCGAGUGGAAGCCACCGGUCAGUCAAAACCAACAUUUCAGCCCGCAAGAGCUGCCGGCAUGGGAGCACAACAGGAGGUGA